ACCUCUAUGAAUGUGUCGGUAAGCUUGUUGUCACAUGACACCACGUGAAUAUUCGAUAAUUUUGCAGUUGCUAAUUUUUUACUGUCUUUGAUAGACGUCUCCUGUACACGUAAAAAUGGCUUCGACGAUAUCGGCAAGACAGGCUAACAGAGAACAUGUUUUGGCCGUAUCCAGAGACUUCAUAUCCCAACCAAGACUCACUUACAAAACUGUAUCUGGUGUCAACGGUCCACUAGUAAUCCUCGAAGAUGUCAAAUUUCCUAAGUUCAACGAAAUUGUCCAACUCAGAUUAUCUGACGGAAGUUUAAGAUCAGGUCAAGUACUUGAAGUCAGCGGUUCCAAGGCUGUAGUACAAGUAUUCGAAGGUACAUCAGGUAUCGAUGCCAAACACACUGUCUGUGAGUUCACAGGAGAUAUUCUCAGAACUCCAGUCUCUGAGGAUAUGUUGGGAAGAGUAUUCAACGGCUCUGGAAAACCUAUUGACAAAGGUCCCCCAAUUCUGGCUGAAGACUACCUAGAUAUUCAAGGACAACCCAUCAACCCAUGGUCCCGUAUCUACCCAGAGGAAAUGAUCCAAACUGGUAUCACUGCCAUCGAUGUGAUGAACUCGAUUGCCCGUGGUCAGAAGAUUCCCAUUUUCUCAGCUGCUGGUCUGCCACAUAACGAUAUUGCUGCCCAAAUUUGUAGGCAAGCCGGUCUUGUCAAAAUCCCAGGCAAAUCAGUUUUGGAUGACCACGAAGACAACUUUGCCAUCGUGUUCGCUGCUAUGGGUGUUAACAUGGAGACUGCUAGAUUCUUCAAACAAGAUUUCGAAGAAAAUGGUUCUAUGGAAAACGUAUGUUUGUUCUUGAACUUGGCUAACGAUCCAACCAUCGAAAGAAUCAUCACCCCACGUCUUGCUCUAACAGCCGCUGAAUUCUUGGCUUACCAGUGCGAAAAACACGUGUUAGUCAUUUUAACUGACAUGUCUUCAUACGCUGAAGCUUUGCGUGAGGUAUCUGCCGCCAGAGAGGAAGUACCCGGUCGUCGUGGUUUCCCCGGUUACAUGUACACCGAUUUGGCCACCAUCUACGAACGUGCCGGUCGUGUCGAAGGCCGUAACGGUUCCAUCACUCAAAUCCCCAUCUUGACUAUGCCUAACGACGAUAUUACUCACCCUAUUCCCGAUUUGACAGGUUAUAUUACCGAAGGACAGAUCUACGUCGACCGUCAAUUGCACAACAGGCAGAUCUACCCACCAAUUAACGUACUGCCAUCUCUCUCACGUUUGAUGAAGUCUGCUAUCGGCGAAGGUAUGACCAGGAAGGACCACUCUGACGUUUCUAACCAAUUGUAUGCUUGUUAUGCUAUCGGUAAGGACGUCCAGGCCAUGAAAGCCGUAGUAGGUGAAGAAGCUCUAACACCCGACGAUCUUCUCUACCUCGAGUUCCUAACGAAAUUCGAAAAGAACUUCAUCACCCAAGGAAACUACGAAAACCGCACCGUCUUCGAGUCUUUGGACAUCGGCUGGCAACUACUCCGUAUCUUCCCUAAGGAAAUGUUGAAACGUAUCCCUGCAAGCACAUUGGCGGAAUUCUAUCCAAGAGACUCUCGUCACUAGUUGGUUUAUGUAUAAAAUUUAUAUAUAUUUAGGAAGUUUGUUAGGUUUGUUACAAAUAUGUCCACUUAUUGUAUCGAUUAUUUUCAAUUGAGAGAUAUUUUACCAAAACAAUUUGAGCCGAUGAGAUUCUACGGUGUAAUUUUUGUAAAUACUUAAAGAGCGUGUUUCAAAAAUGCGCUUAAUAUAAUAUAUUAUCAAUACAGAGCAACCUUUUUUUCUUUAUUAUUUUUUCUUGUUGAACAAUAUAUAAAGUUCUUGAACUCCCUAAGUGGAACAUAGAGCUUCAGUGAAAAUGCACCAUCACCUCAUUCCAAGACUUUCCUUGACUUCUUACCAAUUGUUGGACAAUUAUAACUCAGAUUAAUUUUACUAGGUGACAGUUCCAUAAGUAAAAAUAUGCAAUGGCUAUAUAUUGCGUACUAAACUUAAGAAGAAAAAUUGUGUCGCUCUGGAAGAAAGAUUACUUGCAUAAGAAUGAAAAUCAGUGUCAUAUUUUGCGUUUAUGACAUCCCUAGACGAUACUAUUUUUUCGUUACUAUAUUUUUUUUAAAGAGAUCAAGAGCAACAAUUUGGAGACUGAUAUUCUUAUGCGAGUUGUUUUCCUACUUUGUCCUAUUUUGAAGAGUCUACAAUUAUUUACUUACCAUUUGAUUAAAUUAGAUGAACAUAAGACAAUACUAUAUUUUUAUCAUGUAAGUUGAUAUUCCCUAUGUAAAUUAUUGGCACAAUGUAACCUCCAACUUGAUUUAUACAUUUAUUUUACUUUUGUUUGUCUAUUUUUUCUGUAAUAGAGUGGAAGAAUUAACAUUCCAUUAAAUGUCAUUGCCCAAUGUAUAAAGCAAUAUACCUCUUACCAUUCGAUGCUUUUUCAGUAUUUUAAUUCUAGAUGGUGAACGGAGAUUUUUCUUGAUGUAGGUUUUGACAUUUUCGAUGUUACUGUAAAAAUCUAAUUUUAUGUUAAAUAGAUUAGUGUACAAAAAUGUGAAUAAACACUAUACAUAUGUUA